GUGAAGUACAAAAAGGUGAUGUAGUACCACGAUCAUGGCUAAAAAAAAGUGAUUUCGAAGAAACACAGAGAUGUUGGAAAUUCCUACGGUACCUUCAUCCGACGCCAUCGGGAGUUCCGAUGACGCUCUCGCCGCAGAACAGAAACCGCAUCCUACACUCCUGGAAACAACCGGUGAUGGAGGCACGACAAGACGACAUUGGAAAGUGCUGUCAGAGUCUCCGCGACACGCUGAGACAUCGAAGGCAAAACAUUCUGCAGAUUCGAAGCUUGGAGCCAGCAGCGGUAGUGUCGUGCAGCUGCCACCUAUUGCAGGAGUAGAACGUACUUCACGCAACGGCAACCUCCUGCAGCAAGAUCUUCGAGAUGAGGAGUCUAUCGAAGGAUCGCCCUUCCGGAAUAGAGGAGGCACGUCUCUCCACUUACCAACAAGUCCAUCACGACUCGGAUUGCCGAUGGAGAAAGGCUCAUUGUCACCUCGUGUGGCUGAACACUGUUUAUCGCCUAGUGCAAGUAGUGCUGGUGCUGGCGGUGGAGGGUUCGUCAAUACUAAUUCCUUGAGUAGUGCAACAGCUGCAACAUCACCAACAACGAUAGAUGGAGGAACAAGUGGCAUGUGUCUGAAGAUCCACACGACAGAAGAUGUUGAGGAAGAAACUGAACGACAUCAAGAUCAAGAUGUAGUUGAUCACUACGACGAUUUGCCGCAUCCUUUUGGCGUCGGUGGUGAAAAAGCCGAAGUUGAUAAAAGCCACCUGCGUAGUCGUGUUAAAAACAUCCCGCAGCCCGACGCGGAUGUCCAAGGCCAGCAUGUCGACGAAUUUGACGACGAUUUCGACGACGACAAGCGAGACACCGAUAAAGGCUUCACCCCUCGUCCUUGGCUAGACGACCACAAGGAUCACAAAAACCUCCCCGAAAAGACCUCUUCACCCCGCGUUGUCCGGAAAGACGUUGUCACCGUGAUUGAUUCAAGACGUGGUAGUGCUUCGACAGCAUCAUCGGCAAGUCUAGAAGAAAUACCGGACGCUUUCGAUCCCGAGAGCAUGCAUGAUCAUGGAGCUAGAAAUAAGAUUUAUGCGCAAGAACAUUAUAGAUAUAUAACUUACUUAUUAAUUCAAGUUCUUCAGCAUGAUCUUGAUCUGCCAUAGAACGAGGUUACGAAAAUGAAACGCUCAGCUCAUCUUUCUUCUUCUCUCCCUCGCCACCUUCUCUAAGACACGAUGCUUCUAUGCACAGCACCUCAGUGUACUGUGCACACGUCUGCAAACGCACAAAAAGCCAGAGAACCUUUGCUUUCGUCGACUGGUGCUAGCAAUAUUACGUCAUCUGUCGCUUCUACUCCGAAGGGAGCUGAAAGCAAGGCCAUGUUUUAUGGCAUUUUAUCAAAUGCAAAUAUAUCAUCUUCCACCUCGUCUUCAAAAAGUCUUCAAAAACUUAUUGAUAGGUCGGUGGGUUCUACAUGAUAAUCAAUAGGAGCAACUACAAUCUACAAGCUUCCACCUCAAGUUCUGCACCUCGUCUUCUAAAUCUAACACAACAACCCCAGCAAAGGAGGUCACCACCACCACUCGUCCAGUACUAAGAGUGCGCAUGUUAAGGCUCAGCUUUCAGUGGUCACCAUUGAGAUUGGAGUCACUGAGAUCGAAGAGGCGACCCCUUCUCGAGAGAACCAACAUGGGAAAUAAACGAAGGGACGAAAGGGGAGAGCUUUGAAGGGGGUCCCUCCCGUUCAGAGUCAUGAUGACCAUUGAAGGCUGAGCUUUAAGCAUGAUGGAGGACGGAUCGGUCUUCAUUCUGUUCUUUCCAACAAAACGAGGAAGGAACCCAGUGUCGCGAGUCAGAGCAGAGCGUUGACACGAAUCGAUGAGAAUGAAGAGCAGCCGUCCGCUACAAAAAAGACAUCAACAGCUAGUGGUCCCACAUCAGACAAUGCUGUGCGUCGUGGUUGGGGUUUUCGUCUUCGGUCCUUGGUCCCAGGUGGCUUGAGGCGGUUGUGGAUCUUCGAAGAUGUCGAUGAAGAUUCUGAGAGAAGGGAAAUAUUUUAUGACUGCUGUUUAAGUUUAAAUUUCACUAGAAGUAAAAAUGCCACCCAAUGAUAUUUCUGAACAAGCUCUUGCUCUUCCUCUAACCCCGACGACAACAAGGGGAGCUUGCUAAGGAAAACCAGAUUCGGAAGGUUGCGAAAGCAGUGAACAAACUCCGCGCACAACAAGAGGGAAUCACACUAUUCAAGAUGGAGCACAACCUGCCAGAAACUCUGAAUAUCACAAAGUUGGGAGAACCGGUAUUUAGUAUUAAGAGUAUACGAAGAGCAUGGGAUGUAGUAGUUAAUCGUCUAGUCUUGGUUCCGUGCCUCCACCGAUCAUGAUGUGGCUUGUCAUAGUCUCUUUUUGUUACAGAAGUUCUCUCCUUCCUAGUACUGUACUGUACACUCUUCAAUGGCACUUCUACAAGAACUCCUGCUCGAGGAAGUGAAGAUGUAGGAAUUGAAACUUCUCGCCUCUCAAAACAACAGCAAUCCCUUCUCGACUCCGUUUCCCUAAACGAGGAAAUCGAAGUGUGCGAAAUCUUUCCUUUCCCGGACUGCAUGGAGGUGAGCUUUUUGUUGUAUCAGGGCCAAACCCUUGGACGUAAAAAUGGCAAAGAGAAGAAAUAUCAGUCAGCCGAUUUUCAUCUCUUUUCCCUGCGUACCGUCGGCACUGUGGUCCCGUCGCUCGCCAUCUCAGCAGCUGGGCAUCAGUUGGUUUUUCGCUUUUUGGUUUUGGAUGAUCACGGCAAUAUGGCAACCGUGGACCAGAUUGUCUACGUACCUCCGUCGAACCGGUGUCGGAAGAUCUCGUUGAUCGUGUAUGGGGAGAAAAGGAACGUUUGCAGAGGUGGUGGUGGGGGAGGGUUUACUCCAGGUUUGCAGCGGAGCAGGUUGGAGGGUAGAGGACGACACGAUACAGACCAUCAUGGUGGAGAUGAGGACCAAAAGCAACAUCAAUUAAGGCUGUAUCUAAUACUUACAUCUUUGGACGCAUCCUUGAAGCGUAUGGAAGAGUAUCCUAAGGGAAUACUCCCCCAUAUGUUUCAAGGAUGCACUUGAAAGAUGAAUUACGGACAGCUCUAAAUCAAGAGCCACAAGCUAGCUCGAGUGGUGCACGAGGUAGAUCGGGAACAGCUACUGGCACAUCAAUAGGCGGACCAGGUCCUCGUCAUUGCAGCAAAAAUGCUGGAGAAGGUGGCGGAUUAGCGUCAGCCACAACCUUAUUGGAAGAGGACCCUAGUUCAUCUAUUUCUAACCUCCUAGCAGCGCCAGAGCGUCCUGUGGCACGUCCUGGAUCGUCACAGGGACGUUUCGCGGGGGAUGUGGCACCUGGAGGUGUAGGCGGUUUUCGACCCGUGUCUGCACCAAAAAUUUUAUGGAUGGGAGGACCUACGAUUCUUCACUUGUAGAUGCUCAAACUAAGUACGACUUCUAAGUACAUGAUAAUAAGUCUCAUCUUCUGCCCGCUUUCAUAUUCUGGCUCGACGUUGUUGAGUUCUACAUCAACACACCAACUACCAGCGAAAAUGAGCGGUAAUUAUAGUCGUCCGACAUCAUCCACGACGCCGAACAGACCUGUAAGUAGCAGCAAUCGAACAAAUGGUGGAGGGCAUUUUUCCAGUAGAGGAGCUGGGCCAAAUGACACUAGUACUGGUGGUGGAGGCAGCUUCUUUUUCUCCCGUGAGAAAUGGACUGCUCGCGUCCUCGUUAACGACAAGAGAGUCGCAACUUUAGACCUCGGCAGUGGCAUUGUCUGGUUGCAGAAUGUCCAAGGCAUAGAUCGAGCAGCAGCAUCUGUGAUGGUCGGCGACACGCAGUCAUCCGCAGGUUGGGUCCUCAAAAAUGCCAUGUUUAGGCAUUUCGAAACAGGACGUGAAGAAGACCAGUGCGAAGAAGACGAAUCAGAAGACGAGAGUGACAAAGACGAUAGUAGUAAUGCUAUGUUGCAAGGAGAAGGAAACGGAGUAGAAAGUAGGUUGAAGGAGCCAUCACGAUAUCACGGAGGUGCAGUAGAUGGAACGGAAGAACAACGAGGUACUUACAAAAAAGAUAAUGAGGUCGUACAACUUUGUGGGUAGACGUAGAAGUACCGUACAACCUGGCAAUACUUCUUCGAGGUCUGCGACACUUUCCUAGAACGUCACAACUACUCUCCCAUAACAGAUAUCCGUCUUGGUGGUAGACGAUCGAUUCUCCAGGCUUUCGGGCGACCUUUUCAAGGACAAAUGAGACUCUUCCGCGUUUUGACUGAUUUCGGAGCAAACUGGCGUGAGAAGAUCUACUCAGCGACCAUUGCCAGGCCGAGCAUCGUACUAUCUACUAUACUGUGUAGUUUCCCUCGAUGUUAUACAGAUAUGUUUAUUUCAUAUGAAAGAUGAAUCAAAACUUCUACAAGUACAAGCUAGUUUCUCUGGCUUUAUUUUCCUUAGACCCUGUUUUGUUUGAUGAUCUCCUUCUCCACUUUCCAUCUCUCUUCAAGAUAUCAAAGUAGAGCCACAGGUUGAGCGUGAUGUCGAUGGCAUGUACGUCGUCAACGGCACAAAACUAGAGGUUAUGUUGAACGCCAGAGCCCGUCAUGAAUAUGAACGUCAUCGUGUUUCCUACAGUCGGUAUUCUGAGGUCGAGGACCCAGAAGCACGAACACAGCAGAUCCUAGCAGGCAGACCUGGAACCGAAAUAGCAGAGAAAAGUGAUUUCCUCAGAUACUUUCGGCUUUUUUAA